UGCUGUCAUUACGAAUUUGACUGGAUUUGACUUUUAAAAGCUAUUUUAAAAAGUAAUGAAUGUUUAGAUAGAAUUUUUAUUAUUUUAUAAUGUCGAUAAAUGUGACCGUUAAUGGGAACCCAAUUAGUAUUCGAAGGGGAAGGAUGGUUCUUUCCGAUCUGGACCAAAUAAAGAAAUGUGAGCGUGAUCGACGAAGGAGGUUACGUCUUGAACAGGUACGACAACAAUCAAAGGAAAUAUCGAAUAGGUUAUUAGAGCGUGCAAGGAAUGUAACGGAGAAAGAGCUCUCACGACUUGAAAAGGAUGGAAAAUCGGAGCUCAAAAAAAUGCACGAUCGAAAGAUCAUGGAUAUUCAGCAAAAGUAUCAAGAAGAGCUUGAAGAUAUUGGUCAAGCACAUAUAUCAGCUACGCUUCAACCAGAUGCCGAAACAUUGAUUGAGGCAAAGAAUAGAAAAAAUAGAGUUUCUGCAAUAGAGAGGGGGAAAGAGGCUGGACAACGUUUAAAAGAAACAUCACAAAAAGAGAAUCCACAAGCAACACAUCAGAAAAGAUUACAACAGGUCCGAGAAGUAGAAAAUGUAAGAUCUUCCUUGGUUGCUAAUCUUUCAAAACGAUCAUGUACUAAGAAAUGUUGUGAAGAUUAUUCAGACGUCUUAGAAGAGGAGGACAUCAAUAAUGUUCCCAGUCAACAAAAGUCUCCUGUGAAAACGAAAGAACAGAAAUUAAAUAAAGCGUCAUCGGUAAAACCAACUUCUAACCAAAUCGAUUCAAAGGUUAUUGCAGAGAAGCAGAAAGCAAAAUCACCUCCAAGAAUUAUAUCGUCUACAGGUCAAAAUAAAUCAUUUUCACCACAACCUGGUCCAUCUGGACUGCAGAAAAUAAGAUCGUUUAAGCAUGACUCGGAAACAACAAGCGAAAUGUCAAGAACAGCUUCUACUAUACCACGGCUUCAAGAUAUAGCUGAAGUUAGUGGUGAUUCAGAUGAUCAAGAACCUAGAAAAUCAACACCAGUCUCAAAAGUAACACCUUCCAAAGCUGACAAAAUAGCUAGUUACAAUCCUGAAGACUACAAGCCGCAAAGUUCCGUUUCAAGUAGUACCAGUUCUUUGAGUGAUGAUUCUUCUUAUUUCUCUGAUGGUGGGAAGGAAUCAAGAAAAACUAAAACAACUCCAAAACAUCAUACAUCAUUGGCUGGAAGUAAAGUUCAAUUAUAUGAUCAUAAUACACGCCAAAGAAAUGCUUAUGAUCGUCCUGCUGGUCUUGUGGAACGAACUGAUAUAAGAACUGAGCCAAAUGCCGAAGACGCUGCUCGACGUGUACGGGAAUCUGAAAGUGUGGUGUCUCAAUUAAUUGAAUGUCGUAAAAUAAAUGCUCAGCAGCGAGGAAAUCAAGCCAUACUGCGUAAUAGAGUGCGCCGCGAUUAUCAGGCACUUGUACAAAAUCUUGAUCGCCUUGCCAGCGAGGAACGUAAAUUGAAAGCCAGUCAGUUACAUGAUCGUGCAGGCAAGAACCCUCAUAUGAAUAGAUCGAGACGUAAAGAAUGCCAAGAAGAACAACAAAGGAAAAUGGACCGUGCGUUCACGGAUAUUUUGCAUAAUACUUGUACAGCCAAUUCUUCACAGACUGAAGAGAGAAUAGUAACAAUUACUCCUCGGGCUAAUCAGGAAAUUCAUGUACGUUCUCCACGGCCAGUUUGGCAAGAAAGACCAUUUAAGGAACGACAAGUUCAUGGGCCUACACAGGGUGACAACGAACAAGGUGAAGAGUUAUCUCGCGCAGAACAAGUCUUAGAAAUGUUAAAGAGGGUAGAGAGACAGAAACGGCUUCUAUUGAGAGAGUUCGGUGUAGAUUUACCUGACAAUAUUUUAAGCUCAAGUAUGACAGCUUUGUUUACUGAACAACGUACAGAAGCCAUGCUGGAAAGGAAUGCAGUGAGGCCAAAACCUUUAAGUCCAGAAAUUAAAGUAAUACACAUGUCAAGUGAUGAAGCCUCUGAGAAAAUAAAAAAGACGAAGAAGAAAGAGCCAUUACCUAAAAAGCAAAUGGAGAUCGCAGUUCAGACAUCCAUAUUGGAUGAAAUGAGGGUAUCACAAGAUAAAAGUGUUCAGGUCACAUUAGUGCAAGAAAAGUUUAGUGAAAGCAGCUUGGCUAGUGAGGAGGGACCAGUGGAUACAUCUGGUCAAAAUGCAGACGAAUCAAAUGGAACUAAUAUCUCUAGAGAAGCAGAAGAAGAGAGUACUGCAGCAUCAACAGAAUCGGUAGUUACAGGUGUAGUGAUCGAUAUUGACAAAAAACAUGUCAAGGUAACGCCAAAGAAGAAAAAAUCUCCAAAACGAUUCAAAAGAGUGUCAUCGCGAGCUUUCCUAAAGCCCAGAUCCGUCCCUAGCAGUAAAACCAGUUCUCCUAUAAAGAAAUCAUCGAAAUCCGCCCCUGCUUCUCGUACGAGUAGCCCUCAAAAGACCACAACAAAAUCUGUAUCUAUAGGAUCUCCCGCUAAGAAAGUUAAAAUAAGUAUCAACAAGGGUGGACUUAAGGUGAACGUUGAUCCUCCUUUCCAGCUAAAACCAACGGAUACGAGUACUGACAGCUCCCAAGUAUACGUAACACCUGAUGUACAAGUUCCCUCAACAAGUAGAGCACAUCAAGAAUUUCAUCAAAGCCCUAACAUAGUUCUAAGACCUCGAGAUACAUCGGAUACUUCUACCUCGUAUGCUAGUCCACCUCCAGUAAUACCUGCAUCGAUGCGUCGUAUGAUGAAUAAUACUACUCCAAUACUAGAACUACUUAAUUCAUCUGUGACCGAUGACCCGAGACAAUCAAGAAGAGAAAUUAGUCCAGUGUCCUCGCCGGAAACUCCGUCACCUCGAGUUCUUAACAUUCCAUCAAAUAUACCUCAUCCUGAACGAAUUAGUAGAAUACUACAAUAUAAAAUGGCUAAUGAACAGAUACGAGCCCAUAAAACGCCCCAAAACCAGGAUAGUCGAUCUGCUUCUCGGGAACGGUCUUCUCAACGUCAAAGAAGACGAAAAUCUUCCAAGGAAAAACCAGAAACCGUGGAAACGUGUUUAUGUACUAAUCCUACCUGCAAACUGUUUCAUGAGAAAGUUGAUAUUAUUCAGAGAUAUUCAUUGAAUAAUUGUCCUGAGAUUUUACAGAAAUAUGAAGAUCUGCAGAAUAUGUGUACAGAAAGGAUUGCAUCGUUGACCGAUUUAAUCGAAAGAGUACGCAUUGAACAGAGGGGUAAGAUUCGUGACUAUACAGAUAGAGGUAUGGAAUUCUCAGAUAUGGCACCAAGUGAUGAAACUAGUUUCAUGCAACUCCCUCAGUCGCAAACAGGGAGAAACGAGUUGUACAGUGUGCGGAGAUUAGUGCAAAGUAUAGAAGCAAUACACAAUCAAUUAGCGAAGACUCUUCAAGAAUCUCAAAGAAUUAUUAUCGGUGAGGGAACACCGCAGCCAUCCGGUUCCAGUGAUAAGGCGACUUCAAACAUUGCGCGGGAGGCAAAGAUUACACACUCGAUAUCUACCAGUACAGAAGACCGUGUUGAAAAAAUGGACACUCGUGCGAAAGCCAGGGUAAUCAGCGACGUACCCGUAAACAUUUGUUUAAAUCGUUUACGUACAUCGAAUCGACCUCACACAGCAAUGAGACUAUCAAUGGAAAAUGAGUCCUGGCCUACAUCUCAGUCUUCCCGUCAGCAGGAGGACAUCGUCGAGAAAUUAUCUAAAGAAAUUUUAGAACAAAGUAAAGGGCUCGAUAAGUCUUUUGAGACUCAGAAGGAGAACGAAAACGUGUGUAAACAGCGAACGCCUUCUCCACGUCAACAUAGCCCUCCUGAGAGACAGCUUUCACCGCAGGUCCAAAAAGCAAAGCCCCAUGACUCAAAAGAACAUGAUCCUAAUAUUCAGCUACCAAAGGAAAUGGACUUUGUUCCUUUACUAGCCGGAAUUCCGAAAGUUCCUAGGGCAUCGUCAAGUAGCUCUGCAAUAAAUAACAGAGGGAGACCACCGAUAACUUUAGCCAGUGGUCCUUUUAGGACUGAUGAUGAAUCACCUGGUCAUGAAUUAUCUACAAUCGUGGAGUUUGAUACUCCCGACACAGCAAACAGAAGUCAAGGUAGCGUAAGGAGUCCUAGUGGCAAGAGUAAACGUGCUUUACCUGCAGAUGCAAGAUCGGAAGUUUCUAGUCUGAAAAUGACCAUCGAACCUUCAACGAAGCAAAUGACUGAGAUCCAAGUUCCUAGUACACCUCAACACCCUGGGAAACCAUCUGUUCACGUAGCUCCAUUGCCUGCAACAAACACACCUCGCUCACUAUCCAAAAGUUCUUCAAGAAAAAUGAACCCACUUUUGAAGGUGUCAUCAGAAAUCUUAACGUCUGCUUCAAAGUGGGAAUCAUUAGAUGCGAAUGUAUACACUACCCCACGGAAACCAAAGUCGUUAACGCUGCAUAAAGAUGGUUCAACCGAUUCUAGGGAUUUGGGAGAGAUCGUCAAUAUCGAAGGAGAAAAAGGCGCUACCGGUGACCAAAUUGAUUCAUCAAUUAAAAAUAAACAAGAACAUUCCGACCGCUCGGAGCGGUAUGUGCCGUCCGUACUAUCCAGUUCCGUGGAACCUUGUAAUCAGAACCAAGCCAACAAGGACAAAUUAACGUCAACGAGUUCAAACAGCUUCUCCGGUUUAUCGGGAAUUUCCGAGAUCACGAGUACGCCCACAUCAGACAUGUUAAAGGAUUCAUCGCAGGAGGGAGUGGAGGAUGCGUUGAAGAAAUUAGGUUUAGGGUGGGCUGUAGCUACGUUAAAGAAAACCAGGGAAGCAAGUGCCCUCAGCUCCUCGUCAAAUUCGGACAUAACACCGAUGAAUACCGCACGAAGAAUGAUCUCUCCGAUGAAAAAGUCCCAUGAAAAUAAUAUUUGUGGAUUGCCCGAUUUUAGUGACGUUUCUUCGAUCUCGAUAAAAGACAUCAGCAAAAGUACAGAACGUGCCGUCCUUCUGAAGGGUAGAACUUCUACCCCGAAUAUUCAGAUCUCUAAUUCCAACAGUGGUAAAUCUAGCUCGACAACCAGCAGCUCUUCUGGAAUUAGUUUACAGGACCCUAGUGAUACCUUUACAGCACCGAAUGUGUCUCUGUCCAAGAAAAAACCCAGCAGGACCGAUAGAGAAGCGGUGCCUGAAUGACGAAAGGACUAUGUGUUGGUUGGACAUGAUGAACCUUGGAAUUUCUAUGCCAGCCAACAUCUAUACAGUGUAAACUGUCUUUUAAAAUGUACGUGAUGCUCGUCGUACGUAAUCGAAGGGCAUACAAAUGAACGAAUUAGGCACUUUAUUCGAAGUGGAGUGAUGGUCUUAAAUGAAAUCUUAUACGGUCGAUGUCCUUUGCGUUAACACUAGAACUAUCGGCGGUUUUUUUUUCUGGCUGUGGUGGCCCAUCUAAAACCAGUCUUUUUAACUGGGCUUGGUAGUUGUAGCGUUAAGAGAAAUCAAUUUUGAAAUUUCUAUGUCAAGAAACCAUAACUCACCCUAUCCUGUGCAUUGUCUAGUACAGUGUAAUUAUAUGGGUAAAGGGUAAAGACACGGAAGAAGAUAAUUCGUUCAUUAAGUAGAGAUAUAUCACCAAAAGCUUUUCAUUGUCCAAUGCAUUCCAUAGCUUAGAUUAUAAAUGUUAUUGAAAAAUAAUGCGCUUUAGAGAUGACAUUAUACCGAGUCUCGAAACUCUAUGAAUCGGUAUACGUGGGGUGGCUUUUGUGGACGUUACAUUUUUUAACUAAUUUUGUUUAUGAAGAAUCGCGCCACGUACAUUAAUUCAUCGAAUUUCAGACUUUCUCCGUAUGAUCUAUUUUUCAACAUCCAGGAGCGUAAUGUUUCCUCUAACUGAAAUCAUGAUUAAGAAAUUGUACAUUUCUCGAAGAUUAAUGAGGAGGACCUUGUGCCUUAUGACGACACAACCGGUAUAUUUUUCCUUAAUCGAUUUACUUGAAUACGGCAUUGGAAAGAUUCUAUAUUAUUUUUUAUAUAUGUGGAAAUUCCCAUUAUUUAUAGAGGAAUGGUCCUAAAUGCAUCUUAGAGUCACUAAUUUCGUCGAUUUAUAUUGUCUAUUACUACGGCUUAAAUAAAGCAGAUACUAUAUUCAA